GCGGAGACGUGGGGGUUUACGGGAAGUCUGAGUGGAAAAAAAAAAACACCAAAAAAACCUCAUCCAAGUCCGACAGAACCUGUGGAAAAAAAUACCACAGAUAGCCUAACUCUAGAGGAACCCUGCUGGAACGGAAACUUUGAUUGCGGGCAGUCCGGUCUCUGCUCCCGAUCUAAGCCAGAGAUGGCCACCGAGAAGACUGCAUAUACUCCGGUGGAAGGGGGACCCUCUCCCCCAUCCUACCCCGGCCAGCCACCGUUUCCUGUCGCGUUUGACAAUAUGGUAGGCCCGAACAUGUUCGGAGGACCUGCUCCUGGUGGUAUGCCGGCUCCUGGAGGUCUCCCUGCUCCUGCCGGUCUCCCUUUCCCUCCGCCGACUGCUUUUGGACCGCGUAUUCCUGGAGCUUUCGGAAUGGGCACAGACCCUCAGGGCGGCUCAGGAUAUGGCGUCAACCCCGCUUCUUCCCCAUAUUCUCCACCAGGCCAGGGCUUUAAUGGUAACUUCAGUGAUGAAGUUUACCAUAACGAGGAUGAUCCACCACCCUUUCACGAGAAUCAAGACUUUGAUUUUGGAUUAGAUAACAAGAGCAUAAGAAGAGCCUUUAUUCGAAAGGUAUUCUUGGUGUUGACUGCUCAGCUGAUGGUGACAUUCGCCUUCGUGGCUGUUUUCACCUUUGUGGAAGAAGUGAAGGCAUUCGUCAUGGUGAACACCUGGACCUACUUGGUGUCCUAUGCGAUAUUCUUUGUGUCAGUUUGUGUGAUCAGCUGCUGCGGAAGCGUUCGCCGAAGGCAUCCUUGGAACCUGGUCGCAUUGUCCGUCCUGACUCUCAGCAUGUCCUACAUGGUGGGAAUGAUCGCCAGCUUCCACGACACUGACUCAGUGGUCAUGGCAGUGGGCAUCACAGCAGUUGUGUGCUUCGCAGUGGUCAUCUUCUCUCUGCAGACCAAGUAUGACUUCACCUCCUGUUACGGCGUCCUUUUCGUCUGUUUAAUCGUCCUGAUCCUUUUUGGCAUCCUCUGCAUCUUCAUCCGUGACAGGAUUCUGCACAUUGUGUAUGCUGGACUGGGAGCUCUACUCUUCACCUGCUUCUUGGCGGUGGACACGCAGCUGUUGCUUGGCAACAAGGAACUGUCCCUGAGUCCGGAGGAAUAUGUCUUUGCUGCUCUUAACCUGUACACAGAUAUCAUCAACAUCUUCCUCUAUAUUCUUGCUAUCAUUGGAAGAGCGAGGGGGAGCUGAGCAGGAGGAACAACAGACAGGAAUUCUGACAGAAUAACUGUUCCCAGAUCAUGUCUAGAAGUGGGUUCCCAUAGUCCUGUUUUUUGUCUUGUAGUGUGCACUCACAUAGCUCAGUCACUUUUUGCUUCACCCUGUGUAAAUGUUCUUUUAUAUGAUAAUAUAAGUAGAUGGUCUAUGUUGUAGUUUGGGGGUUAAUUGAAGUUAUCGGAAGUAUAUGAUCUUUUUAUUUUGCUUUAGAAAGGGAUACGUUCUGCUGUGCAAAAUCAUUAAUCAGUGUAAAUAUUUGACACAUUCUGACAGGGCUUUCAACUGUACCGCGCAGUCUUCAUCAGCAGGAGUUUGAUCACGGAGAUCAAUCUGUUGACAUGCAAGCUCAGUAGUGGUUAUGAUGUCCUCCUUUAGGACUUCCUGUCCAGGUUGGCUUCGUCAGCGGAUGAAGACCUUAUGUGGUUAUACCUGUGGAAAAAAGCUUGUAAGUGGACCUUGACCGGGAUCGUUUUGUCAUUACUGUUUCCAGGGUCAAGGUUGAACUUUCAUGCUUGUGUACAAAGAUUGAGUAAUGCAUAAAAGUGCAGUGGUUAAAUCAGAACAGCUGCUGAACUUGCAUGCCAACAAAUCCAUCACCACUGUGCAAAGUGCAUCAUGGCGAAGACUGAUAUGUUUGAAAGCCCCAGAUAAAUCUAGUACUUGCACCUUGAGUUGGGAUUGUGGUCUUCUACUAUUUCCAAGUGGAACAAUAACCUAAUGCUUAAAUAUAAAGGCUCUUUUCUAAAACUGA